AUGGCGGAGGCACCAGGCCCUACAACACAAGGUCUGAUACUGACACAACCUGUCCCAGCAGGCUCUAAGACCAAUGUAACGGACACUCUGGGAGCCAUAAUCGACAAGUUUUGGGCCAUGCUGCUCAACCGUGCAAGGCAAGCAACGACCGCACGGGAGCCCAAUAAGGAAGACCGUGUAAGCAAUAAGGAGAGGUCUGGGAGGCCUCGUACGGGCCGACAGCUACCCCACACUAAUCCGACUACACUAAAGCGACGGAAGCCGCGGAAACAACACUACUAG